AUGGAAUCGCUUUAUGUCCUUGGCACAGCAGCUGGGAAACCAACACCACAAAGCAAUGUCACUUCAACUUUGCUCAAAUUGGAAAAUGGACGCCAGAUAUUAAUCGACUGCGGGGAGGGGAUUCUCACAACGAUGAUCAAACAAAAUAUUGAUGUGAAGAAUCUGUCGGCUAUAUUUAUAACGCAUUUACACAUCGAUCAUAUGGGUGGGUUACUCUCGUUUUUGUUCAGUAAUGUUUUAGGUAACUGUCGUGUAUACCUUCCUGAAGGGGGCAAGAAGCUCGUUGAAAUUUUUGAGGAACAAAGUAAGACUCUGGUGACUCCGACAGUCGAAAUCGUUGAAUUUUCACACACCGACCAAAUGAACAAAUUUGUAAUAAACGAAGAUGUGGUGGUUUCGAUAGUCACACUUCCUCAUGGUGAUAUUAAUUCGCAUGGGUUUAUAUUUAAAGAUCACAAAGGUCUUGUUGUUGGUAUAUUAGGUGAUUCCAAUGGUCGAGAUUUGUCGAUGGUUGGUAAAGUGAAUGUCUUGAUACACGAGUGCACUUUUAGUGCCGAGACAUAUCGUGGGAAUGUUCAUAGUCUUCCCGAAAUGGCUGCUCGUUGUGCUGAAAGUGUUUCUGCAGACUAUUUACUUCUGAACCAUUUCUAUACUCUCGACUCGUCUUUAAAUUACUUCCUCAAACUCGUGGAAGACACUUCAAAGCACACAAAAGCUCGAGUUAUUGCGUUACAUGACUUCGUCACAAUACAUCUCGCAGAUCUCAUUAAAUAA